AUGGAGCCGAAACAACAAGCAAAGAAGAUGGAUCAACAUAGAAGGAGAUUGGGUUUUGAACAAGCAGUGAUUAAUGUUUCCAACAAAAUAUGGGUAUUCAUUGGCGAGAGAUAUGAUUUUGAAAUCCUUUUUAAUAUGGAGCAACAACUAACCUUGAAGCUAAUUGAUACUGAUGAACACAAGGAGUUUAUAAUUACGUUAGUGUAUGCCAAAUGCGAUGCAAUAGAAAGAAUUGAACUAUGGGAUACUCUUUAUGCUUUAGCAAGUGAUAUGACAUUGCCAUGGCUAGUUGGAGGAGACUUCAACGUAAUUUGGGAUGAAGAAGACAAAUUUGGGGGGCUUCCAGUUCAUAUUAAUGAGAUUGAUGUCUUCAGGCAUUGUGUUAAUACAUGUAAUUUAUUUGAUCUUGGUUUUAAAGGAAGUAUAUAUACUUGGUGGAAUGGGAGAGCUAAGGAAGAUUGUAUAUUCAAAAGACUAGAUAGUUGUUUGGGUAAUACGGAACUUCAAGAAUUCUGGCCAGCUUUGGAGAUCAAUCACCUAUCCAAAAUUGGAUCUGAUCAUUGUCCAAUGCUCCUAAGUUGUAAUCCAAGCAUUGCUCCAAUUAAGAAAGCAUUCAGAUUUCUCAAUUUCUUGUUGAAAUAUGACACCUUCUUAGACAUUGUUCGAGAAAACUAG